CUGGCACUCCGGAGCACCAUAGACGGAGAGCAUAAAGGAGCCGCGUCCAGAUAAAAAAAGGCUCCUGCCUGCUGCUUGGAGAGAAGGUCUUUCUGUGGCUUGGCUGCAUCGAAGCCAAAGAGGAUGGAGACAAGGAAGGUCUUGAUGAAAUCGAAUGUCGCUGCUUCCAAUCUCCUGAGAUCACUGCAUUCCCUUUAUCAGUUUGGCUACUUCUGCGAUGUGAGAAUACACACAGACCAGCCAGGAAUGCAGGAGGAAUUUUUUGUUCACAAGGCUGUCUUAGCAGCUUCCAGCAAUUACUUUAAAUGCCUCUUUCUUAGCGAUGAGAUGCUGAAUGCCAAGGAUUGCGAGGUAACCCUCCAGGAUGUUCAUGCUGAAGAAUUUGCCUCCUUCCUAAGGUUUGUCUACACGACAGAAGUAGAAAUUGAAGCGGAUGGAUUGCAACGGAUAAAAGAGGUUGCUGAAAGAUUUGAAUGCCAGGAUCUGCUCGCUGUGUUAGAAGAAAUGAAGAAUGCAGAUGGUGACUCAGAUUUGAGUGUCCCUUUGAGAAGACGUAAAACUGGUUGGAGUCAAACCAAACAAAUAGAACAGACCGAGCUACCCCACAUUUUGUCAGCGCCUAUGAAGAGGAAUCUUUGGGAUAGGAAGAAGCAUGCAAAACUAUCCGCUAGCUGUGAUAAUAAUGAAAGCAAAGCUGAAAGUUCUCCUGAAGAAGAGAUAGCUCUUGUGAAAUCUGAAGAUGAGAUGGCAACCUCAACUGGACUCAGCAAGGCAGAUCUGCUCCAAGAUCCCAUCACAACUGACACCAGCGAAGAGGAAAACAAAAUCAACCACCCUUCGGCAAACCAGGUGGUCUUGAAAGAAGCCAUUGUUGUUCUAAACAGGAUAAUGCCUGGCCAAAAGGGGGUUCCUGAGGAAACCAAAUUCGGGAAGAUGCCACACAAUGUAUCAAAGGCCUUGCCUCAAAUGUAUGCAUGUGACCAGUGUAAUCGCUCCUUCAAUUUUGCCAAGCAGUAUCAGUCACACAUGGAAGUGGAACAUGACAUCCAUGUGGUCAUUAAAUACAGUUGCAAUAUGUGUGACCAGCUCUUUGCUAGUUCCCAGAACCUACGGCAACACAGGCUCACUGUUCACAACAGUGAGCAAUGCUUCCCCUGCUUACUGUGUGACAAAAGGUUUAAGCGGCAGAAGGAUGUGAAUGACCACAUCCGGAGGGUGCACGAAAAGAAAAGAAAUCCUCAGCGGUGUCCAUACUGUGACAAGAUUAUCAGUUCUAGAACUGGACUCACGGUUCACAUUCGAACGCACACGGGAGAGAAACCAUACAAGUGUCAAUACUGCCCGGCGAGGUUUGCUCAGAGAUCUGCCUUUAAUACUCAUGUAAGAAAAAUACAUGAGUCCGGGCAAGACAGGAAACCCCUUUCAGGUUACUGGAUGAUAGCCCCACCAACAAAGAGAGACAAUGUGGUGAAAGAUGGUGAAACAGGCAUGAAUAGCAAAGCAGCUCAUGAGGUAGCAAGUACAGUCUUUCAAAGAUUAAUUGUGGGCCAAGACACUCAGGUACCUGAGGGAGAAGGCAGGAAUUCAUCAGUGAUGGAGUCUGACGACAAAGAAGGAAGCCCAGAGAACUCUGCUGAAAUGAGUAUUAAAAGUGAUGAAGACGUGACUGUGGUUGUAGAACACAGUGUUAAAGAAGGGGACUGUGAAGAAGAAUGGGAUGGCAGCCAUGACAGUGAUGAACUGUCUUCCGCUAACACUGAUGAUGAUUCAGAUUAUCAAGAUGCAGAAGAAAACAAAUCAGAUGUAGAUGAUAUAGUGAGAAAGGAGAACCAAGACAAACUAGUGAAAAAAUCUGCCUAUGUUAUAACUUGUACCAAAUGUGCCCAGACAUUCAUAUCGCGGAAGAAAUAUGUCGACCACUGCAAAGAUGUCCAUCAUUCUUUGCCUGGUAAAGCCUACCAGUGUGACAUCUGUAACAAGUCCUUUGCGAGUUACAACAGCUGGAAAGAGCACCGAGCCUGCGUCCACACAGAAGACAGGCAGUUUUCAUGCACCCUCUGUGAUGCCACCUUUAAAAGGAAGAGGGAUGUGAGGACGCACUACAUCCGGAAACACGAAGGGAGGGUGAAGCGUCCCCUCUGUUCAGUCUGUGGAAAGAUCCUUAGUUCCAGAACUGCACUGGUAUUCCACAUGCGGACCCACACAGGAGAGAAGCCCUAUCAAUGCACCAUUUGCUGCUCAAGAUUUGCUCAACCUUCACAGCUCACAAUUCACACCAGGUCCCAUACAGGGGAAAAGCCUUAUAUCUGUGAGGACUGUGGGGCAUGCUUUAUUGAUAAAGGCAAGCUUAAUAGUCACAAGAGAACACAUACAGGAGAGCGUCUCUUCCGAUGUGAUGUGUGCGGAAAGCAUUUUUCUACCAAUGAAUAUUUGAAAUGCCACAAGCGCUGCCACAUGGGAGCCAAGCCAUACAAAUGUGAUGUGUGUGGGAAAUCCUUUGGUCUGAGAGCUUCACUGGCUCAACACAGUAAUGUCCAUGCAGAGACCCCUCCUUAUUUCUGUGAGCAGUGUGGAAAGACAUUUACGCAGCAAGGAGCCCUGAGGCGCCACCAGCGGAUUCACACUGGUGAAAAGCCAUACAAAUGUCGGGCUUGUGAACGAACCUUCACAGAUAUGUCUACCUUGAGAAGACACGUCUUGGUCCAUGAUCGGAAUGCUCACUGGAGGAGUUUCUUAAUAGACCUUACUGUCAAAAAAGACCAUAACUGGUCCAAAAUAGAGACCUUGUCUAAUUCAAAAGAUGAUUCCACUCCAGUUUGGUCUGAUUGACAUAGUCAACUUCAUAAAUCUGAGAGCACUAGUGUGGAAAAAGUAGAGCACAUCUCAUGCAAUAGUAGUAUGAGAACUCCUGACCAUUCCCUUACAUAUUUAUAAGUAUAAAAAUUAGGGUACAAUAAUCUCACAUGACCAGCCAGAUUCAUUAUGGAAAUGUCUAGGAGUGCACAUAUCACACCCAUAUUAGAGCUACGCUACCAUUUGGUUUCUGGGCAACAUACAAAGUGUUGGUUUUGAUCUUUAAAGCCCUAAACGGUUUGGGUCCAGGUAACAUACAGGAUCGCUUUCUCCCAUACAAUCCACCUUUUUAGACUCUGACGUCCUCUAGGGGACAUUUACUCCAUCCAUCCAGAACCCGACUGGCAACAUUCACCCAGAGGACCUUUUUAUUGACUGACCCAAGACUGGAAUGACCUGCUGGAAGAAAAGUUGAUGGUUAAACGAGCUAUCAGAAUUUCAAACACAGUUAAAGACCUAUCCUUUCCAACAGGCCUACCCAGUCAAUUUCUAACUAUGAGUUUUACAUUAACAUUGUAUUGGUGUGAAAGAUUACAAUGUCCUUUAAUCUUAUGUCUGUGUCCUUUAAUAUAUGCGUUUUAAUGAUUUGAUGUUAUAUCUAUGUAUUUUAACUAUUUGAAUUUGCCUUGAGGAGAGGUGGGUAAGAAAUAAAAUCUUAUGUUGUUGAAAUUAUUAUUACUAUUAUUAUUCAUGUUAUAUUUUGUCCUUUUAUUAUUUUGCAUAGAGAUUAGUCUAUUUGCCAUGUCUAGAUUGUUGAAGGGCAUUGCUAGCCAAUGAAAAUACAUGUGACAUUAGAAGACAAGCAGAUGAAUGAAUCCCUGAUAUUUGAGGAGGAGUUGCCAAGUUUACUGUUUCCUGAAAAAGGCCGGGGGAGGGGGGGGGGACAGUGACUCCAUUCGAGGUUUUAGGCCAGAUUUCAAUAGAACUAUCCAUGGUGCUGAACUCUAUCCUCAAAACUGGUUUAGCACGUUGAAUAUUUCCUCACACCAGAAGCGACUUGCAGUUUCUCAAGUCGCUCUUGACACAAAAAAACAAAACAAAACUGGAGAGAUUUAUCACUUUGGUACCUUGGAGCACUCUUUGUCAACUUAGACUCCUACAGAGAUUACAACUUGGUCGUAACUUGGGUUAUCUAUACUGUGUUAACUAUUUGUAUGAAUCACUACAAUGCUUUAUGUGUAGGGCACCCUUGGAAAAUAUUCCAGAGACUAGAAAGGUUAAUAGGGACUGGCUGAUACAGUUAUCCACUAAGUGGUUUGUACCUUAUAGUAGUUUUCAGUCCUUUUCUGGGUUGUGUUCAAACUUCUGUAGUUAACUUUAAAGCCCUAAAUUGCUUGGUCUGGAUUAGGUUUCCUGAAGGAUCACCUCCUUUCUAUAUUUUUUCAUCUAUUGCAGUGAGGUGGGAGGGAACUGAUAAUGCAAUGCUAUACCCAAAGAUAAGAGAUCUUCUCAACAUCUAAUUGAUCUUUUUUGUUUUCCCAGGUGAAUUCAGAGCAUGUUUUAGACUCAGAACAAAUUGUUCCCUUGCUCAACUUUAUUACUGUUAUUUUAUUAACAUUUUGCUCCUCUGUACUGGUUUUUUUAUGUUGAGUUCUAUAUUGAUUUUGAUCAGGGGUCCUCAAACUCGCUCAGGGUCAACCUAAGUCCUAAAUAACUUGAAAGCACACAACAACAACAACAACAACAACAACAAUCCUAUCUCAUCAGCCAAAAGCAGGUCCACACUUCCCAUUGAAAUACUAAUAAGUUUAUAUUUGUUAAAAUUGUUCUUCAUUUUAAUUAUUGUAUUGUUUUAAGUGUUUUUUGAACUACAAAUAAGAUAUGUGCAGUGUGCAUAGGAACUCAUUCUUUUUUUUCUUCAAAUUAUAAUCUGGCCCUCCAACAGUUUGAGGGACUGUGACCUGGCCCUCUGUUUAAAAGGUUUGGGGACCCCUGAUUUAGAUAAUAGGUAGAAGACUUUUGUUUGACUGGUUGGUUUUGUUAUUUUAUUAACCUCAGUGUUUUGUGAAGGGUUUAGUUAAGUGAGAAGCAUGGAAAUGAGGGGGAACACCAAAUAUAUUUAAAUUUUUCCAGUAUCUUUUUCACAGUGCAUAAUUAUAGUACUAUGGUUCUGCUUUAACUGCCAUGGCUCCAUCCUAUAGAAUCCUGGAAUUUGAGGUCUAUGGGAGAUCAUUCUUAAUCUCUCAUCAAACUAUAAAUCCCAGGAUUUCAUAGGAUGCAAUCAUGGCAGUUUAAGUGGUAUCAAAGGGCUAUGAUGGUACAAUAUGAAAGAGACUUUAGUCUCAUGUAAAUAUUUCCUGCUCUUCCUCUGGAGGGACAUUUCUAAUUUCAGAAUGGAGGCACUCAAAUGAAACAGAUUAAAAACUUGAAUCAGCUCUUUAUGUAUUUACUUAUAUAUACUGCAUGUAACAACACAAUAGGCAAUAGCAGUUUGUUUUUAAUAGAUUUUUUUGUAAAGUUAAUUUAUUUUCAAAAUAAACUCUACUUACUCAA